GCCAUUGCAGGAAUCAGCAGGGCAGAGUCAUCAACCUAUGGCUCGGUUGAAGCCAGUAGGGAGAAGCGAUGAUAGUCCAACCAGAGAAAUUUGCUGUAUUAGAAAUACCCGGCAAGCUCUUCAUCCAGGAUUCUGUAAAUUCACCAGGCGAAACGCGAUCCCUGUCGUUGUGAUGAGCAUAAUGAAGACUGUGAAGAAGGUGACGAUGACCUGCCAGAAGAUUGUCUUGAAGGUGAAAAUGAAGUGCCAGAAAUGCCGGGCUAAGGCGCUACGGGUGGUCGUUGAAACACUGGGAGUGAAAUCUGUAGCAUUGAGAGGGGAGGAGAAAGACAAAAUGGUAGUAAUCGGAGAUGGAAUUGACGCUGCUAAGUUGACCUCCGGUUUAAGGAAGAAAGUGGGCCCUACUGAUCUUAUCUCCGUUGCAGAGGUUGAGUAA